AUGUUUGAACUGUUUUGCGUUGAUCCAAAAAUCAAUGAGAAUAACAAUUAUACAUCCACGUUGGUUAACGCUGGCGAGUCGGCGCCGAGUGACGUGAACACAGCGUACUCCAGUAACCGCAUGCCGGUAUCGGGCAGGGCACGGGGGUGGGUCGUAGACUGCCGACGGUUUACAGACCUCGAGGAGCCUGUGACUGGAGCGGACGUCGCCCUUUUUCGCUACCAGAUGUCUAAAAGGAGUUGCAAAAUCAAAGCUCUUCGGGCGAAGACUAACACCUACAUAAAGACACCGGUGCGCGGCGAGGAGCCCGUGUUUGUUGUGACAGGCCGCAAGGAAGAUGUGGCACGCGCUAAACGUGAGAUCCUCUCCGCCGCCGAGCACUUUUCCCAGAUCCGCGCCUCGCGCAAGUGCGGCGCAGCACCCCCGCCACCCGCUGGUGCCCCUGGACACGUCACCGCGCAGGUGCGCGUGCCCUACCGCGUCGUGGGGCUCGUCGUAGGACCCAAGGGCGCUACUAUCAAGCGCAUUCAGCACACAACACACACUUACAUAGUGACACCCUCGCGUGAGCGCGAGCCUGUCUUCGAAGUGACUGGACUGCCAGAGAGCGUAGAGGCAGCCCGCAAAGAGAUUGAAGCACAUAUUGCUCUACGUACUGGUGCCGCUGGAGGAGCCGCAACUGGCACUGGCGUUCCAGGCGGAGAAGGUGAGCCACUGGCCCAGUUGUACCGCGCUGGACUGGCCUCGUUACUUCGUCCCGAACAAGAAGCCGCAUUUUCCUCCGCAGGGUCGUGCUCUUCGGGUGGCUCCUCGGGCCGAUUGGGCGAUCUUCUAGGCAUUUGGUCAUCGACGGAACGCGACGAGGGUCUGGGCGAAUCGCCAUCGUUCGAGUCACCGAGCGCAGGCAGCGUGUGGGCCUGGGGCCCUCCGAGGCCGUCUCCUGCGGCGUCUCCAGCUCGUGCGUGUGCCGUGUGCGGCGAGCGCGGUGUGGCGGCAGCGCUGGUGCCGUGCGGCCAUAACCUGUUCUGCCUGGAGUGCGCGCAACGACUGGCGGCGUCGGCUGCGCCCUGCCCAGCCUGCGCUGCGCCUGCGCAUCAAGCCAUUCGCAUACUCUCAUAA